GAACCAGGCAGGGAAAUGACUCUGCACAAAGGGCCCCUUUCAGGGACCAGCUGGCUGAGGAAUCGCGUCUACGUUUUGCUCCAGAUCAUCCCGUCUUCCAGGGGACAGGGCAGGGAAAUGGCUGUGAUGAAGCCCGCUCAGAUGCCGGUGACCUUUGAGGAGGUGGCUGUGUAUUUCACGCAGGGGCAGGGGGCUUUGCUGGACCCUGCUCAGAGAGCCCUCUACAGGGAUGUCAUGCAGGAGAACUACAAGACAGUGACCUCGCUAGGAUUUCCCCUUCCCAAACCUGGCCUGAUCACCCAGCUGGAACAAGGGGAGGAGCCGUGGGUGCCCGAUCUCCAGGCCUGUGAGGAAAGAGAGAUCCCGAGAGGCGUCCACACAGCAGGUGAUGGGAGAGUGAGUGAGAAGAAGGAGGGGAAUCAACAGCAGGAAAUUCCUGGACACAGGGAACUACAGUGGACUUUUGUGGGAAGAGCUGAAGGGAAUUUUUCCCAGUGCUUGGCACAGGGAGAAGCCUGGGGAAAUUGGCAGAGGUCAAAGAGGCUGCUGGGAAACCACUCAAGGGAGCAAAUGGAUGAAUCUGUUAUACGUGGGGAAGGACAGAGGGAUCCCACAGCCUGGCACACAACCCCCAAGGAAGACAAACGCUAUGAAUGCCUCGGUUAUGGGAAAGGAUUCAUUCUGAGACCGGUGCUUCUUACGCUUCAGACAAUAAAUACUGGAGAGAAAACACUUCAAUGCUUGGACUGUGGGGAAAACCUCAAUAAGCGCUCAGAUCUUACUAACCAUGGGAGAAGCCACAAGGCAGAGAAACCCUCUGGGUGCCUUGAGAGCAGGAAUUGUUUGAAUUGGAAGUCAGCACUGAUUACACAUCAGGUAAUCCACACAGGAGAGAGACCCCACAAGUGCUUAAACUGUGGGAAAAAAUUCGUACGGAGGUCAGGCCUAAUUAAACAUCAGAAAAUCCACACAGGAGAGAGACCCCAUCAGUGCUUAGACUGUGGGAAAAGUUUCAUUCAGAGGUCAGACCUUGUUAAACAUCAAGCAGUCCACACCGGAGAGAAACCCCAUAAGUGCUUAGACUGUGGAAAAAGUUUCACAGAAAGGCCAACCCUUCUUAAACAUCAGGUAAUCCACACAGGAGAGAGACCUCAUAAGUGCCUAGACUGUGGGAAAAGUUUCACAUGGAGAUCAGCCCUGGUUACACAUCAGAGAAUACACACAGGAGAGAGACCCCAUAAGUGCUUAGACUGUGGAAAAAGUUUCACAGAAAGGCCAACUCUUCUUAAACAUCAGCUAAUCCACACAGGAGAGAGACCCCAUAAGUGCUUGGACUGUGGGAAAAGUUUCACAUGGAGAUCAGCCCUGGUUACACAUCAGAGAAUACACACUGGAGAGAGACCCCAUAAGUGCUUGGACUGUGGGAAAAGUUUCACAUGGAGAUCAGCCCUGGUUACACAUCAGAGAAUACACACUGGAGAGAGACCCCAUAAGUGCUUAGACUGUGGAAAAAGUUUCACAGAAAGGCCAACACUUCUUAAACAUCAGCUAAUCCACACAGGAGAGAGACCCCACAAGUGCUUAGACUGUGGGAAAAAAUUUGUACGGAGGUCAGGCCUAAUUAAACAUCAGAAAAUCCACACAGGAGAGAGACCCCAUCAGUGCUUAGACUGUGGGAAAAGUUUCAUACAGAGGUCAGACCUUGUUAAACAUCAAGCAGUCCACACCGGAGAGAGACCACAUAAGUGCUUAGACUGUGGAAAAAGUUUCACAGAAAGGCCAACCCUUCUUAAACAUCAGGUAAUCCACACAGGAGAGAGACCCCAUAAGUGCUUGGACUGUGGGAAAAGUUUCACAUGGAGAUCAGCCCUGGUUACACAUCAGAGAAUACACACAGGAGAGAGACCACAUAAGUGUUUAGACUGUGGAAAAAGUUUCAUACAGAGGUCAAACCUACUUAAUCAUCAGUCAACCCACACUGGAGAGAGACCUCAUAAGUGCUUAGACUGUGGAAAAAGUUUCACAGAAAGGCCAACCCUUCUUAAACAUCAGCUAAUCCACACAGGAGAGAGACCCCACAAGUGCUUAGACUGUGGGAAAAAAUUCGUACGGAGGUCAGGCCUAAUUAAACAUCAGAAAAUCCACACAGGAGAGAGACCCCAUCAGUGCUUAGACUGUGGGAAAAGUUUCAUACAGAGGUCAGACCUUGUUAAACAUCAAGCAGUCCACACCGGAGAGAAACCCCAUAAGUGCUUAGACUGUGGAAAAAGUUUCACAGAAAGGCCAACCCUUCUUAAACAUCAGGUAAUCCACACAGGAGAGAGACCCCAUAAGUGCUUGGACUGUGGGAAAAGUUUCACAUGGAGAUCAGCCCUGGUUACACAUCAGAAAAUACACACCGGAGAGAGACCCCAUAAGUGCUUAGACUGUGGGAAAAGUUUCAUACAGAGGUCAAACCUACUUAACCAUCAGGCAACCCACACAGGAGGGAGACCUCAUAAGUGCUUAGACUGUGGAAAAAGUUUCACAGAAAGGCCAACCCUUCUUAAACAUCAGCUAAUCCACACAGGAGAGACACCCCACAAGUGCUUAGACUGUGGGAAAAAAUUUGUACGGAGGUUUGGCCUAAUUAAACAUCAGAAAAUCCACACAGGAGAGAGACCCCAUCAGUGCUUAGACUGUGGGAAAAGUUUCAUACAGAGGUCCCACCUUGUUAAACAUCAAGCAAUCCACACAGGAGAGAGACCCCAUAAGUGUUUGGACCAUGUGAAAAGUUUCACACAAAGAUCAAAUCUUAUAACACACAGAGGAUCCACACAGGAGAGAGACCCCAUCAGCGCUCAGACUGGAAGAAGAUAGUAGCGCUGUUGAUUAAUUGCUGUUAACUCGUGUGAUUAACUCAAAAAAAUCCAUUGUGGUUAGAAAAAUUAAUCUCAAUGAAUCACACUGUUAAACAAUAGAAUAUCAGUUGAAAUUUGUUAAAUGUUUUUGAAUGUUUUUCUGUGUUUUCAUAUCUAUUGGUUUCUCUCACAACAAAGA